GAUUGCCUUUCAGGAGCAUUACAUACUGAAGAGAAGAGUGGAAGCUCCCUAGCAUACAAAGGUGACAUGGACAGCUCACUGGAAAAUACAACUAUUUCUCUAUCCAAAUGUUCUUUAGAGUCAGAAUUUACUGAAAGUGGAGGAGAGAACAGCAUCAGAUCUAGGGAUUUCCUCCAAAGUUUCAAAGUCUGGGAUUGGUUUGAGGAUGAGCAAGAUUCAUUUUGUGAUUCAGGUGGUCUAGAAAUAGAAGAAAAGACUACUAAUUGGUCUGAAACUGAUGAAGUUCAAAAUACAGCUAUAUAUGUGGAAACAGGCAGCACCUUACCUUCCCAUUUGGCUGCAAAUACACAAGAAAAUAGUGACCAAAAUAUUACUAAUGGUUUGCUAAAGAAAAUUGUAAGUGGAACUAAUGCUCAAGCAUGCAGUAGUCAAGGCUUAAUACCGCCUCACAUCAGUCAAAUUUAUGAUGAAUUAUUUGUCAUACAUCAGAAGCUUCAGAAAAAAAAAGCACAGAAGGAAUACGAUUUGCAACUCCAGAAAAGAGAGCAUUUUCUAGCAGAGCGAGAAGCAGUGCUUUUUAGACAUGAAGCAGCUUUGGCUAAAAUACGAGGUGUUGAAGAAGAAGUUCACACAAAAUUUAGAAUUAUAAAAGAGCAACAUGAGGCAGAAGUUAAACAGCUGACAGAAGUCUUGAGAGAAAUAACUAAAGAAAAUAGGAGGCUAAAGUCAUCAUUUGAAACCUUGAAGGAAGUGAACGACUCUUUAAGAAAACAGUUAAGUGAUGUAACUGAGCUGAACAAGAAGUUGGAAGGUCAAGCAAGAAAAGUACAAGCUCGUUUAGAGAAUCUACAAAGGAAGCAUGAAUUGUUGACAGUACAGAAGUCUAAGAAUGUAUGUCAAGUGGUGCAACAAAGUAAACCUGUCAAGCAGGAAAAAGUGAUGGUAACAUCAAAAAAUGCUAAGCUACCAACGAAUUCACAAGUUUAUGAGCUCCUAACUUUUCUAAUGGAUUGGAUCUCAGACCAGCAUCUUAGCAAAAUAAAAAUACAUGAAGAAAGAGAGGACGGUCAUAAACCUCUGGCUGUUGAGACCACAAAGAAGAUCUGCACCCAGGAAAGAUGUAUGAAGCUUUUGCCUAUAGCUGUUGAGCAACUCCAGUGGAUGCCAUUUGUGAAUCCUAAACUACACAUGCCUAUAAUUAAAUUUAUUUACUGGUCUGUAAGACAGGUAGACACUGGUGUUCAGCACGCAACAAUGACAUCAACAAUGAGGAGACUUGGUGAAGAUAUUUUCAAAGGCAUAGUAAUUAAAGGAAACCCACAUAGUUCUGAACAGUCUACAGAGAGUAAAUCAAAAUCAGCAGCUUUUUUUAAGAGUUCCUGUAUGCCUUUGAGAUUUCUCUCAACUUUAAUUGUGCUUAAAACAGUGACCCAAGUGGAUUACCUGGCUCAGGCAUUUGAUUCCCUUCGAACAGACUUGAAGACAGAUGAAGGGAAGGCCUUAUUUUUGGAAUACGAGUGUGUGCCUAUCAUAUUAAGUCACUUAAAAGUAUCCAGUAGAGGUCUGCUUUCCAGUGCUCUUGAUGGAUUACUUCAGAUGACCACAGAAUCUGGUUCUGUACAGCCUUUCCUGGAAGCCUGCAGUAAUGAAUCCUUCUUCCGAACUUGCUCUCUUCUGCUUCGAAGUUCUAAGCUAGAAACUCAGAUUUUGGAAAAGAUCUGUGUGAUACUGCAAAAACUCUCCAGAAUAAAGUAA